AUGGGGUUUUCUCUUCCUCUAGAUUUCAUCCCGGCUAUGGGCGAUGGCGCCCGGCCUGAUGACCCUGAGCAGAACGAAUGGCCCAGGGACCAACAGGAAGAGUUUCCAAUCCAGGAAGUGGCUCCUUUUCCACAAUUACCGUACAGGUUGAGGGUUAAGUGCUUUCUGAAACCGUCAGUGCUUCACGUGGAAGCGUGUCUGCUGGAAAAGAUAUUCGGUCCAAACAGAGCCCUCCUCCCGACGUUCGAACGGGAGUUCAAAGUCCUGGUCCAGAUGGGAGAGCCGGACCCCGAGGGCAAGGUUGAAAUCAAUAUCACGGGGAGACACUGGUACCCGAAGCGUGCCAAAAAGAUGAUUCUCAACUUGGCCGAAAAAUCCCGAAGGAAACGGUAUGGAGGUGCAGGGAUGCUCAGGAAGCCUGGAAACCAUGAAGUAUCUUGAAAGAAAGAUCAUACGUUCCAGUGCUUUCCUCUCUGCCCCGUGAUGAACGAACUGGAUGAAGCCCUGUAGUUACUGGAAAUAGAUCGGGAGACUGUCUAGGAAUCUGUUCCCAAAAUAAUGUGAUCUUUGUGAUUAGGACCUCAGUGCAGGGGCAUUGGUCUGGGUCAGGAGCCUUGGUCUUCAAGGCCCAGUGUGAAUCCUGCCUUUGCUCCUGUGACUGAAGGGAAAAAAAUG